CACUCGUUCGCCGGCUCAAGGGACGUCAUUCUGCUCCUCACGGCGGUUGUGACCACAUCGACGACCGCUUGCCAGCUACAGUACUUGUCGCUCACACAGACAAAGGCCUGCCAUUGAUCGCGCUGCAAUUUUGUUUGCGGAAAGACUGCUUCUUCAUUGUUGCUAUUGGUAAGCCGCGCCUCGUAGCACCGAGCGAGCAAGCUGUUGGCUUGGUCAAGCAGCACUUCCCAGCUCCAAGCGACAAAGCACCCGCCAGCACGACGCCUGCAGCCAGCACGCACCCGUCCGCCAGCUCCUGCGCCGUCGCCGUCACAGCACCGCUGACAGCGUCAACUGCGGUGUCGCCAGACGCUCACUGACACCCGCAUCGCAGCCGAGCGGCCGCAGCUACUUUCGCCACUGUUUCUGGUCCUGACUCUCGAGGCGCGCGUUCUCGGAGACAUUGCAGCCUGCGGGAUUGACGCUUGCCCCGCCCCUCCCAAUCUGCGACAGCCGCCCACGCUCCAUCCUCCGACGCCGUCAGAUACAUGAGUGGAGGCACGAACACGCAGACCACGAACAACGUGGCCGGCAGUAAACGGCGCAGUCUCUCAGGCCAAGGAGGACUGCUGGGCAGGAUGUUUGGCUCCAAGGACAGCAACAACAGCAGCCGGGAGCAGAUUGACACGCACGGCGCCAAUAACAGCAAUAACGGCAACGGCAGCAACAGCCAGGGCAACAACGCCAACCAGGGCGGCGACGGCAGCGGAAACAAUAAUGGCAAUGCUUCUCCACGCAGCCCCAACCUAAACAACAACCAGAACAACUCUAUUCCUGAAGAAAGCCAGGAUGGCGUGAGCAACGAGCUGCGCAGCCCGACACGCAAGGAGGCACCCGAGGGCAACGCGAAACGUCGCAGCAGCGGAGUCGGACGCGCAGGCGACCUCUUCAACCGCGCCAAACAGGCUCUUAGUGGCAGCCCAGACAGCAAAUCCUCACACCAAACUCCGAUGCAGAAGCUGGGACGCACCGAUCCUGCCCUCAGCGUGCCUGCGGGCUCGCUGAACAAUUCGGCGGGAGAGUCAGUGCCUGGGCCACGAUCUACGUUCCGUGUUGGCGUCACCGAGGAUAAGAAUAAGAAAUGCAGACGCACGAUGGAAGAUACGCACGCGUAUCUGUACAAUUUCCUGAGCACUCCCGCACCAUUCCUGGGCUCCGAAGGUUCCUCGAGCAAACGGCUCUCGCAAUCGCAAUCCCGCGACUCUGCCGUGUCCGACAGCACCCAAAACAGCAAACAAGAUGUCGUGGAGACGGAUAACGGAUACUUUGCCAUCUUCGAUGGCCAUGCGGGCACGUUCGCGGCCGAAUGGUGCGGCAAAAAGGUACAUUUGUUGUUGGAGGAUAUUAUCCGCAAGAAUCCAAAUACCGCCAUACCCGAGCUUCUUGACAUGACCUUCACCACUGUCGAUCAGCAGCUCGAGAAGCUUCCCCUCAAAAAUAGCGGCUGCACGGCUGUACUUGCUGUACUACGCUGGGAGGAUCGGAUACCCAAUUCGCAGUCUGCAACAGGGUCAACAGCGCUCGCUCCUGCGACGGCUGAGUCUGGAAAUGUUGAACGCACAGCUCAACAAGCUUCACGUCAACGAGUCCUCUACACCGCCAACGUGGGAGACGCCCGAAUUGUCUUGUGCCGCAACGGCAAGGCGCUCCGCCUCUCGUACGAUCACAAAGGUAGCGACGAAAAUGAAGGCAAACGAAUUGCAGGCGCUGGUGGACUGAUUCUCAACAACCGUGUCAAUGGAGUGCUCGCCGUCACUCGUGCCCUUGGCGAUGCAUAUAUGAAAGACCUUGUGACGGGGCAUCCAUACACCACCGAGACCGUGAUUCAGCCCGAUAUGGACGAGUUCCUCAUCUUGGCAUGCGAUGGCCUCUGGGAUGUCUGUUCCGAUCAAGAAGCUGUGGACCUGGUUCGCAACAUUCAAGAUCCGCAAGCCGCCUCCAAAGCACUUGUCGACCACGCCUUGGCCCGCUUCUCUACCGACAACCUGUCCUGCAUGGUCGUGCGUUUUGAUAACAGCAAACUGCAAGCCACGCAACAGCAAAGUGACAUCGGCGUUGAAGGAGACCCCUCUAGUAAAGGUGGUGUUACUGAAGCAGACGCCAUUGUCAGCGAGAGCAAAAAGUUCAUCGAGCAAGGUGGCGAUCCCUUAGCGCUUACGCUGUCGCAGCCGACUACGAAUGAGAUGAUGGCAGAGGUUGAGCGUUCUCAAGAGGUCGGACCCGAGCUGAACCCCGCCGCGCUCGAGCAUGCUCGUAAGGACAACAAGCCUCCGAAGAUGCACGAUGGGCCCCCGACGCCAGCCACUGAAAACCCGGCCAACGGUGCCAAUAUGGCGAAUGCCAUGCUGGAGCACAACGUUGCAGCUGGCGAUCACCAGAUGGGCAAUGCUGAAGAUCAGAAUCAGAAUAAUGGUCAGCAGCAGCAGCAGCAGCAAGGAAUGCAGCAACAGGGAUUGUCUCAGGGCGGGCAACAGCAGAACAACCAGCAAAACUUCCAGCAUGGCGGCGAGCAGCAGCAGCAGCAGCAGCAGAGGUAACGAGAUUCACGAAGUUCAUUGGAAUGCACAUAGGAUGAAUGAGAUUAUGAGGCAAAGGGUACGGCCAGGCCUGGGUGGCAAGAAAUCAAAGGAAAGUGUGGUUUUUUAUCAUGAAUGCACCAGUCUCAGCGGAGUCCUCUUUUUCACGGCGCUUCAUGAAACAUUUCGGGGCGCGCAGUGCAGUGCAGUGCAAUGUAAUAGCAAUAGCUCACAUGAUGAAUCAUUGAUGGCGAAGGGAGAGAGCGUGUGAGUGAGAGGUAGCAAGAAAAUGAUUCGAUUCCUGAG